GCGCACAGGCCGCGGCGCGCGGAGCCCGCCAUGCCCGCGCGGGUCUGAGGCGCGGCGAGCCAGGGCCGAGGCGAGCGGCGGCCGCGCCGGCCUGUGGCCCCGCGGCGGCCGGGCCCGGGCCCCAUGAGCGGCGGCCUCGGCCUCCGGCGCAGCCCGGAGAUGUCCGGCAAGCUCGAGAAAGCAGACUCUCAGCGUUCUCAUCUCUCCUCCUUCACCAUGAAGCUGAUGGACAAAUUCCACUCGCCCAAAAUCAAGAGAACGCCAUCAAAGAAGGGAAAACCAGCUGAGGUGUCUGUGAAAAAUCCGGAGAAGCCUGUGAGCAAAGAGGCAACAGACAGAUUUCUACCAGAGGGCUGCCCCCUCCCCUUGGAUCUGGAGCAGCAGACAGUAGAGUUUAUGUCCACCAGUGCUGUGGCUUCCAGGUCUCAGAGGCAGAAGAACCUGAGCUGGCUGGAAGAGAAAGAAAAGGAAGUUGUUAGUGCCUUGCGCUACUUUAAGACCAUUGUGGACAAAAUGGCUAUUGAUAAGAAGGUGCUGGAGAUGCUUCCAGGGUCAGCCAGCAAGGUGCUGGAGGCCAUCUUACCCCUGGUGCAGAGCGAUCCUCGAAUUCAACACAGCUCAGCCCUCUCCUCCUGCUAUAACCGAGUGUACCAAAGUCUCGCCAACCUCAUCCGUUGGUCUGACCAAGUGAUGCUAGAAGGUGUGAACUCAGAAGAUAAAGAGACGGUGACAACAGUGAAGGGGGUCAUCAAGGCUGUGUUGGACGGAGUGAAGGAGCUGGUCAGACUAACCAUCGAGAAGCAGGGGCAUCCGUCUCCAACCAGCCCAGUGAAACCCAAUUCCCCAGCCUGCAAACCCGAUGGCCAGUCUGAGCUCCCCCUGACAGAUCGAGAGAUGGAGAUUCUAAACAAGACAACUGGCCUUUCCCAGUCAGCCGAGCUUCUCCCAGACUCUACAGAUGAGGAGGUCGCACCCCCCAAGCCCCCCUUACCUGGCAUUCGGGUGGUUGAUAACAGUCCUCCACCAGCAUUGCCACCGAAGAAAAGACAGUCAGCUCCAUCCCCGACCCGAGUGGCUGUCGUUGCCCCCAUGAGUCGAGCCACCAGUGGCUCCAGUUUGCCCGUUGGAAUUAAUAGGCAGGAUUUUGACGUGGACUGUUACACACAAAGGCGACUCUCAGGAGGCAGCCACUCGUAUGGCGGAGAGUCGCCCCGCCUGUCCCCCUGCAGCAGCAUAGGCAAGCUCAGCAAGUCAGACGAGCAGCUGUCCUCUCUGGACAGGGACAGCGGCCAGUGCUCCCGGAACACAAGCUGUGAAACACUAGAUCACUAUGAUCCUGACUAUGAAUUCCUUCAGCAAGACCUCUCUAACACAGACCAGAUACCUCAGCCAGUGGCCUGUCACCUCAGCCCGUUGCCGGAGUCCUUGGGAGAGUCUGGGUCUCCGUUUCUCGGCUGCCCUUUCCAGUUGCCUCCAGCACCCAGCAGCUGUCCCCAGCCAGAUGGGCCGUUGGCCCCAGGACAGCAGGUGGACACGCCCCCUGCUCUCCCCGAGAAGAAGCGCAGGAGCGCGGCCUCCCAGACCACGGACAGCUCGGGCUGCAGGGUGUCCUACGAGCGGCACCCCUCGCAGUAUGACAACAUCUCCGAGGAUGACCUGCAGAACCCAGCCUCGGGCCCGUCCGUCCCCUUCACGCCCUUUGCUGCUAUUCUCCCCUUUCAGCAAGGAGGGUCCUCAGCCUCUGUCGAAUUUGUGGGUGAUUUCGCUGUUCCUGAAUCAACGGGUGACCCGGAAAAACCACCUCCUCUACCAGAGAAGAAAAACAAACACAUGCUAGCCUACAUGCAGCUGCUGGAGGACUACUCAGAACCGCAGCCGUCCAUGUUCUACCAGACGCCGCAGAACGAGCACAUCUACCAGCAGAAGAACAAGAUGCUCAUGGAGGUAUACGGCUUCAAUGACUCGUUCAGCACCGAGGCCUCGCAGGAGCUGGCGCCGCCCCCCGCCCUGCCCCCCAAGCAGCGGCAGCUGGCCUCCUAUGCUGCUUCUUCCUUCUCCUCUGUCUCCUACUGUGUCCAGCAAACUAAAGUGGCCUUCACCCCCGAGGACGGCAGUGCCGCUCAGGGCAUCAGUGUGUCCGUCUCUAACUCCUUUCUCAGCCGGCACGGCAACUUGCCUGUGCCCUCGUAUAAAUCUGUGUUUAGGUCCUACUCCCAGGAUUUCGUGCCUCACAACCAAGCUUCCGUUCAACCUUUCCUUCCGCCUACCUCCUCUUCCUCUCCACAUUUCCCACCCGUCCACCAGUCUCAGAGCUCUGACUUAGCGGUGCCAGCCGUAGCCAGUCUGCCUCCCAGCACCGUGGACGGGCCUCUCUCAUCUUCUCAGGAGAGCAGCUUUCAUGGGAACACUGUCCGCCUUCCUUCCGAAAUCUCUCUCACUGACUCGCCCCAGACGCCUUCGAGUGAAAACACCAGUGAGGAGGCUGGUGAGGGUGAAUACAUCAGUUUGUAUUCCUCUGGCCAGGGCAGCGAGGAGCUGGCUCACUCUCGAGGAGAAUCACCAGCUAUGAAAGACGGACAUCCCAGAGAUCCCUCGUCGGCCAGCAGCGCAGCCGGGAAGGAGAGCAGAGACGGUGACAGGGCCUCAAGGUCACCAGAUGGUUCAGAGUUGGCUCGAUCGGAGGAGGAAGUGGAUGAGCUGUCUCUCAUCGACCACAAUGAGAUUAUGGCAAGGCUGACACUCAAGCAGGAGGGUGACGACGGGCCAGACGUCCGUGGCGGGUCUGGAGAUAUCCUACUGGUGCACGCUACUGAGACAGACAGGAAAGAUUUGGUGUUGUACUGUGAGGCCUUCUUGACCACCUACAGGACCUUCAUCACCCCGGAGGAGCUCAUCAAGAAGCUGCAGUACAGGUACGAGAAGUUUUCUCCCUUCGCCGACACAUUCAAGAAACGUGUCAGCAAGAACACGUUCUUUGUGCUGGUGCGGGUGGUGGAUGAGCUGUGCCUCGUGGAGUUGACAGAAGAGAUCUUGAAGCUGCUGAUGGAGCUGGUCUUCCGCUUGGUGUGCAACGGGGAGCUCAGCCUGGCCCGCGUGCUCCGGAAGAACAUCCUGGACAAGGUGGACCAGAAGAAGCUGCUCAGGUGUGCCAACUCCGACCAGCCCCUGGCAGCCCGGGGGGUAGCCGCCAGGCCGGGGACUUUGCAUGACUUUCACAGCCAUGAAAUAGCCGAGCAGCUGACCCUGCUGGAUGCUGAGCUCUUUUAUAAAAUAGAGAUUCCUGAGGUUUUGCUUUGGGCAAAAGAGCAGAAUGAGGAGAAAAGCCCCAACUUGACCCAGUUCACGGAGCACUUCAACAAUAUGUCCUACUGGGUCCGGUCAAUAAUCAUGUUACAAGAAAAAGCCCAGGACAGGGAGCGGCUGCUGUUGAAGUUCAUCAAGAUCAUGAAGCACUUACGGAAGCUGAACAACUUUAACUCCUACCUGGCCAUCCUCUCAGCCCUGGACUCGGCUCCCAUCCGCAGGCUGGAGUGGCAGAAGCAGACCUCGGAGGGCCUGGCCGAGUACUGUACACUGAUCGACAGCUCGUCCUCCUUCCGCGCCUACCGGGCCGCCCUCUCCGAGGUGGAGCCCCCCUGCAUCCCCUACCUGGGGCUUAUCCUGCAGGACCUCACCUUUGUUCACCUGGGGAACCCAGACUAUAUUGAUGGGAAGGUGAAUUUUUCCAAACGGUGGCAGCAGUUCAACAUUCUGGACAGCAUGCGGUGCUUCCAGCAAGCGCACUACGAUAUCCGAAGAAAUGAUGACAUCAUAAACUUCUUCAAUGACUUCAGCGACCACCUGGCGGAGGAGGCCCUGUGGGAACUUUCUCUGAAAAUCAAACCUAGGAACAUAACAAGGAGAAAAACAGACCGGGAGGAGAAGACCUAGAAGUAGGUGCCGUGAGUGAGGAGAACGCUCGAGAGAGGCUCCGAGGGCGGCUCCGAGACCGGGAGGGACUUUGGACCUGUCCUCAGGCAGGCUGCACGUGUCCCGGGCCCAGCCAGCCCUCCGCCGUGCGGGGCAGGAGCCCCAGUAGCUUCCUGCUGCCCUCCGCCGUGGGAGCGGACACCAGGCCCACCGUGGAGCCAGCAGGCAGGUCUCGUUCCUGAUUUGUGAACCCGUGGUUUGGUUUUGGUUUUGGUUCCUGCUUUCACUUUGUAUUCCUCUCUCCUCCCCCCUCCCACUCGGGAAUAGCACAGGGAGAUGGGCAGACCAAGGCACAGUGGGACACUCUUCAUCCCUCCCUACAUUCUAGGGUCCUGAACCUGCUGAAAUGACAAGGGUGGAGGACCCUGAAAGGUGGGGGGCUGUACCCUGGGGACCUGGAAGCAAGGGGACUUCCAGUCGGGUGGGCAGAAAGCAGAGAAGACCGGGGAGGCUCCUUUUACUUUCCCUGCCCUGCUUUUUAAAUGCAAGAUGGUGUGAGCUUUUGAGGUGACCCAGAGAGGUUCACCAGGUGGCCUUUCAGUAGGCCUGGGGCUGGCGCUCCCGUCACAGUACUGGCCCCAGAACCGUCCUCUUCCCAUCCCUUCAUCUCCCCGACCACCUGGCGCUUUGGGGAGCUGGGAAGAAGAUGGAGCAAGGGAGGACGUAGGUGUACCUGAGCCGGGGCCAGGAGUUCCGGGGUGAGUGAAGUUGGAGAGUGGAGGGGCCUUUCUGUCCUGGGGAAGGCCGGCAGACCCCUCUUCUGUCGUUUGCUGUGUGCCUUAAACUCCAUCUCCUGUCCCCCCGCCCCCAUGGGCUCCCCUCCUACCCUGCUCCAUCCUGGUGGCGCCAGGGGGGUGCUCCUCCACCCUUUCCACCAGUGCGCAGUAAGCUCUGCCCGGGGAAGGACAGGAGGUCCCUGACGGAUGGGGGCGCCUGCUGAGGCUGAGCGGCCCCGGCUCCUACCCUGCGGCGCACUUGCUCUCUCCACCUUCCUUGUUGGACACAGCGCUCGCUGGUGAGGUGGGCUGUCGGAGGCAGGUGUGCAGGGAGGUCCUGCACACGGGCCAGGCCGCUGCCCCCACACCCCUUGGGUGCUGGUUUGCGUGACUGAGUGCUUGCUUCUCCUGGGCUUGGGACUUGGUCAAGCAAAUGCCAGGAUCGAACUUCUUAAACAACCAUGUCACUUUGAGUCCUUCCUGAGUUUUGAGCAGCUUUCUCCGCUCUUGUUUUGGGGUCCUGGACAUAGAGGGGAGGACACCCGUGAACUGCCAGUGGGGUCCCCUCGUGUAGCGGGCUGGCCGCUGCAGGCCAAACGUGUCACUUUCUUAUUUAAAGCGUGUGGUCUUUGUUCUUCAGCAGUGUGGGGUGGGCUUGGUGCCCACUUUGAGUCCCCUCACUGCGGUCUUGUCUCCCUUCCUGUCUUGCCCCCCGCCUGGCCCAGCUCUGCUGGAUGCUGCUGCGUGCGGGGGGCCACCAUGGCCCCAGUACUAACACGAAGUCUCCGCCUCACGCACCCGUCAGCAGAUGGGGGGGGCUUUACUUGCCCUCCCCUCUCCUCUGGGAGCCCUGCCAGGUGGAGGGAGCAGUGUUGGGGGGAUGGGGAGCCCGUGGGUCAGGGUAGCCCCUGCGUGAGAACCGCAGGGGCCGUGGGUGUUUAACUUAUUGGCUGACAUCCUUAAGACAUCCUCCCGGCUCUGGGAGUUGCCCCACCCUGUGCCAGCCCCGCAGCCGGGCUGUGAUUGGUCUUGGGGACCAGGACCGGGUGUCCCUGCAGGUGGGGCUGGAGCCAGGGAAGGGUGGGCACGCGCCAGGUCAGAAGGAACCCAACUCUUCAGAAGCGCCUCCCUCAUGCCUCACCCCGUUACGUUGUAAUAUAUAUAUAUCCCCACUAACCUGGCUGAUAGUGGCAUCUUCCUGCAGACAUUUCAAACCUGUAUUUUAUAUGAAAGGAAAAUAAACACAAUGAAAGCUGCGUCCAAGUGACAAUCCGAGCUGCCCCUGCACACGUCCCAGUUCCCACAGCCGUGUGCCACUGUUGGGGCCAUUUGGGGAGGGUGGGACAGAGUCCACCGGCCCGUCUGGAAUUUUCCCUCCUCACUCUUGUGCUCUGUAAGUGGAUUAAUGCAGAAGUCCUUCGCUGCCCUCCCCCUUCCCCAGCGUGCUGGUAAAACUGAAAUUUCUAGGGUGGAAUUCAGGGGGCAGAGAGGUACCUGGAGCGACUUUUCAGAGCCCCUAAAGCAGGGUCUUUGAAAGCACACCUUCUGUAAGAUUCCACCCCCCCCACCCCCAAGGCAACACGCACGGGCUCGGCAAUGGCCCCAUAGGGUCCGGUCUUUUCUCUGUCUGACGUGGGCUACCUCUCCUCCACUCAUGAUGAGCCGUGGACUUAAUCCCAGCCUGUGUGUCAUCCCCUUCAGUGUCCUGCUCAUCUCCCAGCAUCCAAGAGAGAAGCAGUCAGCUGCUGAGUCCUCUACUCCCCACCAAUACCAAGAACCAGCCUGGUCUGGCCCUAACCUCCCUGCAGGUGACUAGGAGGUCCCAGGCCAAGUGCGGACAUCUGGGCUGAGCCUGCCACCCCCAGAGGGGACUAGGAACCUGCAUGCUUAACCCAGCAACUCAGGAGGCUCAGAUGACCUCAAAUCCAUGUCCAGCCAUGGGUGGUGCAGGGCCAGUCUUCUGAGGGUGUGAUGGCCCCACCCGGUUCCCUCCAGCAGGGUGAGAGGCAGAGCCUGCACAUUCAUUUAAACCAUCACUCACUAAUUUGUUUCAUUCACUAGGGGUACAUGAUUUAGGAACCUGGUCAGGCAGGGUUUGGGUCAUUCUAGUCCUGCAUUUGCUGGGGACGCACUGGAGGAACUUCUAAUAAGGGCUCUGGUCCUGGUUCUGCAGCUGAUAGGUAAGUGGCCCCCGCUCUGUUUCCCAGUUUUUCCAGCUGCGGGUGGGGGUAAUAACAGCUUCUACCUCACAGGUCUGUGAAGGCUCAGGGAGUUAAUACCUAGAACAGGGUCUGGCAAGAUUAUUUAUAUGCACAUACACACAGAUCCUGGGUCUCAAGCAGUCUGCAGACCACUUUACUUCAUUCACUCCUCUUAACCAAAAAUCCCCCCACCCCAGCCCCGUGAACUAUCACAGCCAUGGUAAGUGCUACAGAGAAGAGGUACUUGGUUUACGUCAAGUCCAGAUAGGCUUACCAGCAAGUUGUCCUGAACAAGUAGCUUCAGUCUUACACGCACGCCCCUGAGAACAAAAGGGGAAACACCUCGCAACUCGUCUUGAGUAGAAUAGUCUUGACAUCAAACCCAGACAACAGUCCAAGAAAAAUUACAGGCAAAUACUUGCACAAAAUUUCUAAAAUAAUCUUAGCAACCCCAAACCAGCAGCAUAUAAAAAUCAGUACUCCCUGGCUACGCUGGGCUUACUCACAAAUGCAAGGAUGGAAUGUCAGUAAGCUGGUGAACGUUCUAGAUUUCUUAUGCUCAACAGCUUAUUUGGGUGCCCACAUCCAGAGCACCUCUCCUUCCUGGGCACAGGGGAAACUCUGCUUCCCAGCCCCCUGCAGGGAGGUCCAUGAGGAGCCAGACACAUGUCACUUGGGCCUGGGAACUCAGCAAGUGUGCCACCUUCAUGCUCACUCUUUCCCCACCAUGACACACUUACUUAGAUGGCAGAGUUCCAAGUGGAGGGAGACCAGACAGGGACCACCCCCAGUGUCCUACACUAGACUAUACAUGAAUAGAAAAUGAACUUGUGCAAACUAACCUACUGAGAUUUCAGGGUUUAUAAAUUUUCACAACAUGGCCUAACUGCUCCUGAAUGCACCAUAUUAACAAAUUAAAGGAAGAACACCAUAUAAUCACCUCAGUCGUCAGAAAGGCCUUUGUUAGAAGUGCAACACCAAUAAUUUUUGUUCAAAACUCUUAGAAAUCAAAAACUUUCUUAAUCUGGUAAAAAUCUUCCAAAAAUCUUAUGCAAACGUUAUACUUAACGUUAAAAUACUCAGAGCAUUUCCUUUAAAAUCAACAAGUUAAGGAUCCUACUUGUACUGGAGACUCUAGCCAUGUGGCAGGAAAAGAAAAAAAAAAUGAGAUCACUAAGAAAAUCUCCUGGGCUGCCUGGCUGGCUCAGACAGUAGAGCAUAAGACUCUUCAUCGCAGGGUUAUGGCUGCAAGCCCCAUGUUGGGCAUAGAGCCUACUUCUAAAAAAAAAUGAAAUUUACGGGUGCCUGGGUGGCUUAGUCAGUUAAGCAUUCGACUCUUGAUUUUGGUUCAGGUCAUGAUCUCAGGGUCGUGAGACUGAGCCUUUCAUUGGGCUCUGCACUGGGCAUGGAGCCUGCUUGGGAUUUUCUCUCUCUCUGUCUUCCCCCCAGCCCCACCCAACUUGUGCACUCUCUCUCUAAAAAAAAAAAAAGGGAAUCUUCGAAGGUAGGUAGCUGUAGAGUCAGAAAAAAAAGUUGAAUAUGUUCCGAUAAUACAAUCAACAAUUAAAAACCAAUUUUUUUUUAAAGAUUUUAUUUAUUAAUUUGACAGAGACACAGUGAGAGAGAGGGAACACAAGCAAGGGGAGCGGGAGAGGGAGAGAGUGAAGCAGGCUUCCCGCUGAGCAGGGAGCCCGAUGCGGGACUCGAUCCCAGGACACUGGGAUCAUGACCUGAGCCGAAGGCAGACGCUUAACGACUGAGCCACCCAGGCACCCUAAAAACCAAUUCUUUUUUUUUUUUUUUCCUAAAAACCAAUUCUUGAAGGCUCCCAUUUAUGCUGGCAUCACAAGUCUUAAGUGAAACCUUUAUCCUCCAAAAAAGAGGAUAUAGCAAUUUUCAAUACUUUUGUAUCAACAUAGGAACACCUUUAUACACAGCAAAUAUUAAUAGACCUAAAGGGGGGAAAGGACAGCAAUAGAAUAAUAAAGGAUUUAAGUAUGCCAUUCACAUCGACAGAUCAUCCAAACAGAAAACCAGUAAGGAACCAUCAGCCUUAAAGGACACAUUAGACUAGAAGGACUUGAUAGAACAUUCCAUCCAAAAGCAACAGAAUACACAUUCUCAAACGCACAUGGAACAUUCUCCAUGGAACAUAGAUGUUAGGCCACAAAACAAGUCUUAAUAUAAGAAGAUUGAAAUCCUAUCAAGCAUCUUUUCUAACCAGAAUAAUAUGAAACUAGAAAUCAGUUACAAAAAGAAAACUGGAAAAGCGUUAUGUGGAGAGUAAACAACAUGCAACUGAACCACCAAUUGGUCAAAGGAGAAAUCAGAAAAUACCUUGAACAGGGCGCCGGGGUGGCUCAGCUGGUUAAGUGACUGCCUUCAGCUCAGGUCAUGAUCCUGGAGUCCCAGGAUCGAGUCCGCGUCGGGCUCCCAGCUCAGCGGGGAGUCUGCUUCCUCUUACCCUCCUCCCUCUCAUGCUCUCUCUCUCCUGCUCUCUCUCUCUCAAAUAAAAUCUUGAAAAAAAAAUACCUUGAACAAAUGAAAAUGGAAAUAAUAUCAAACAUAUGGGGUGUAGCAAAAGCCGUUCUAAGGGGGAAGAUGAUAGGAAAAAACUAAAACAACCUGACUUACAAGCAACCUCAAGGAACUAGGAAGAGAGCAAAUAAAGCCCAAAGUUAGGAGAAGGAAGGAAAUAGCAAAGAUCAGAAAGAGAGACUAAAAAGACAAAACUGACAAACCUUUAGCUAGACUCCCCAAGAGAGUACUCAAUCAGAAAUGAAAAUGAUGUUACAACUAAAAAGGGGAGGGGAGGUGCACCUGGCUGGCUCAAUCAGUAAAGUAUGGGACUCUUGAUCUCAGGGUCAUGAGUUCAAGCCCCACAUUGGGCUUAGAGCUUACUUAAAAAAAAUUGAUGUUACAACAGAUACCACAGAAAUACAAAGGAUCGUAAAGAGACUAUUAUGAACAAUUAUAUGCCAAUAAUUUGACAAUCUAGAAGAGGUCAAUAAAUUCCUAGAAACAUACAACCUACCAAGACAGAAUCAUGAAAAUUUAAAGAAACUGAACAGACCAACUACUAGUAAGGAGACCGAAUCAGUUCUUCAAAAACCUCCCAACAAACACAAGUCCAGAACCACAUGGCUUCAUUGAUGAACUCUACCAAACAGUCAAAGAAUGAAUAGCAGUCUUCCUCCAACACCUCCAAAAAUAGAAGCAGAGGGAACACGCCCACACUCAGUUUACGAGGCCAUUACCCUGAUACCAAAACAAGACGAGGAGGCCACAAGAAGAGAAAAUCACAGGCCGGGGCGCACCUGCCUUCGGCUCGGGUCAUGGUCCCAGGGUCCUGGGAUCGAGCCCCGCAGCGGGGAGCCUGCUUCCUCUGCCUGCUUCUCCCCCUGCAUGUGUGUGCUCGCUCUCUGUCAAAUAAAUAAAAUCUUAAGAAAAAAGAAAAUCACAGGCCAGUGGCCCUGAUUCACACAAAUGCAAACAUCCUCAAUAAAUGAUAGCAAACCAAAUUCAACAAUACAUUAAAAGGAUCAUGCACCAUGACCCAAGUGGAAUGGGAUUCCAGGGAGCGUUCAACACACACACAAAUGUGAUACACUCACUACAUUAACAAAAUGAAGGAAAAAAUCACAGGAUCAUCCCAAUAGAUGCAGAAAAAGUGACAAAAGUCAACAUCGAUUUAUGAUAAAAACUCUUCAAUGAAGUGGGUAUAGAGGGAACACACCUCAAUAUAAGAAAGGCCACCAUAUAUGACAAGUCCACACCUAGGAUCAUUCUCACUGGUGAGAAGCUGAAAGCUUUUCCUCCAAGAUCAGGAACAAGUCGAGGAUGCCCACUCUCACCACUGUUACUCAACAUAUUACUGGAAGUCCUAGCCACAGCAAUUAGGCACCAAAAAGAAACAGAAGGCAUCCACAUUGAAAAGGAAGAAAUAAAACUCAUAAUUUGCAGAUGACAUGAUAUCAUAUAUAGAAAGCCUACCAAAAAACUUGAAUGAAUUCAGUGAAGUUACAGGAUACAAAAUCAGAGCCAAAAAUCCACUGCAUUUCUAGCCACUACUAAUGAACUGUGAGAAAAAGACAUUAAUAACACAUUUACAAUUGCAUCAAAAGAAAAUACCUAGGAAUAAAUUUAACCAAGAAGGUGAAAGAGACCUGUACUCUGAAAAUAAGACAAUAUUAAUAAAAGAAAUUGAAGACACAAAUAAAUGGAAAGCUACCCCAUGCUAAUGGGUGGGAAGAACACGUUAAAAUGUCCAUUCUACCAAAGCAGUGCACAGAUGCAGUGCAAUCUAUCAAAAUCCUAAUGGCAUUUUCCACGGAAAUAAAGUGAUCCUAAAAUUUGUACGGAACCACAAAAGACCCUGAAUAGCCAAAGCAAUCUUGAGAAAGAAGAAUAAAGCAUCACACUCCCUGAUUUCAUCCUGUAUGUCAGAGAGAUUGUAAUUUAUUUAUUUAAUUUAUUUAUUUUUAAAGAUUUUUCAACAGAGAGACACAGUGAGACGGAACACAAGCAGAGGGAGUGGGAGAGGGAGAAGCAGGCCUCCCGCCGAGCAGGGAGCCCAAUGCGGGACUUGAUCCCAGGACUCUGGGAUCAUGACCCAAGCCGAAGGCAGACACUUAACAACUGAGCUACCCAGGUGCCCCGAGAUUGUAAUUAAAAAAAAAAAAAAACACAGGUCAAUGAAACAAGGAGCCCAGAAAUAAACCCA